AAAACAAGACUUAAAAAUUUGCAUAAUACUGUGGAAUCGUUCACUGAACCUGAGCGGAACUAUUUUAAAAGUCCAAUUUUAUACUUCAUUCCUUCAAAAUGGCGUCGAAGUUUGGAGGGAAGGCGGACGAUUUGGCGACUUUGCCGAAAUUAGAUGCUCAAAUAAUUUUACAGGAACUUAGACAACGUUAUUCGCAGGAUAAAAUCUAUACAUAUGUUGGAGAUAUUUUGAUUGCUGUCAAUCCGUUCAAGACUCUGGAUAUUUAUAAUAAAAAGGUUUCCAACAAGUACAAAGAAAUUGUGAAAUCAUCAGAGCCUCCUCAUAUCUAUGCAGUUGCUGAUGCAGCAUAUCAGGCGGUACUCGGUAAAGGUGUUGCUAAACCACAACACCAGUGCUGUGUUAUCAGUGGUGAAAGUGGAGCAGGCAAAACAGAAUCUACCAAGUUCCUGAUCAGCCAAAUUAUUGAACUAUCACAAGGGAACACUCAGCUUGAACAGCAGAUCCUACAGGUGAACUCACUGCUGGAAGCUUUUGGCAAUGCUCAGACAGUGAUGAAUGACAAUUCCAGUAGAUUUGGGAAAUACAUACAAAUAAAGUUCAUAAAUGGCUCAGUUAUUGGUGCUAAGAUUUCUGAGUAUCUUCUGGAGAAGUCUAGGGUGGCCAUGCAGAAUACUGGCGAAGAAAACUUCCACAUUUUCUACUACAUGUUUGCUGGUUUAUCCCAACAAGAACUACAGAAUUACCAUCUGGGAUCUCCCAAUAAAUACAAGUAGGUAUCCUUACAUAUAGUACCUUGAUC